AUUUUAAUUUAAUCUUUAUACUUUUAACUAGCUUAUCCAACGCUUUCAGGGCUUUCGUUAGCUUUUGCCAUUUAUAAUACAUGUAUACUUUGGUACCAAAAAAGAAAAAAAAACAUUAUACUCUUCCCGUUCAAAAGGCAACAAAUCACCUACGAAUCUACAAUACGGUCACACUAAUCUCCGAGAAACGUAAGAAAAAUGGCAGAUAUCAUGAAGAGAAUUGUUAAACUACGUUUAACUACUCAAUAUUCAAUACCCUCUUGCCCCUUCUACCUUUUUUCACCCAGAAAAAGUUUCUCCAUUUUCACAAUUCACCCUUUCCCCAUUAAUUUUUUAUUCUUUUUUACUUUUUAUUUAUUUAAUUUUUUUUUUUGGGCUGUUUCUUUACCAAAUUCCAUAACCAGACAGGGGAGGUGGAGGAGGAGAGAGAAAGUGAGAAGGGGUUAGACAUGAUAAAAACCCCUGAUUUUGAUCAGAUCUAUCAAUUGCAAUACUCUAUUUUGAUGGUCUGAAAAUUCAAUUAAAUAAUUUCUAAAAAAAUAAAUAAAGAAAUUCAUUAAAAGGAUUGAUUUCAAUGGCAAGUGCUUCUGUGAAGAUGAAGCCCAUCAACAGGAAUCAAGCUGGGCCUUCAUCUUCUUCAAGCAAACCCAUUUUAAAGAAAAAGAUUGAACCUUCAAAAUCUGUUGCUGAUUCCAAGUUAAAUAAGUCUGUCCCAGUAAAAACUGCAAAACCUGAGGAGAAAGGGAAAGCAGUUGUACCUGCAACACCUGUUAAGAAGAAAAGGGAAAAGAAGGUUUUCAGUUUGACAGGACAGAAAUAUGACCCUCCAGAGGAAAGGGAGCCCUUGAGGAUAUUCUAUGAAUCGUUGUCGAAACAAAUACCAAGUAGCGAAAUGGCAGAAUUCUGGUUGAUGGAACAUGGUUUAUUGUCUCCUGAAAGAGCCAAAAAGGCCUUUGAGAGGAAACAGCGAAAGCAGAAACAACUUAAGAUGGGAACUCCUAUAAAAUCGACGCCUGCACCUAGUAGACCAGAAAGUUCAAAUAGACAAAAGCUUGUAUCUAAGAACGGUGAUAUGAAGGCCAAGAAAAGAAUUGUUGAAGACAGUGAUGACGAAGUCAUUGGGAAUGCUAAAAGAAGGAGAGCAUAAAAUAUGGUACCUUCGCACUCCAUAGCAAAAAGUAUUUGUAGAACAUUCCACAAGGUUAGUUUCCUUAUCAUUCAAAUUCUGAACAAUACCAUAGCAAAAGUCCAUUGUAACAAUCUUAUAGGGUAUAAGUUGAAGUCCUUUUUUCACUGAUAUACAUUGUCAGAUUCGAGAAUAAAGGAAUAAAAUACAAGUUUUCUUUUAUACA